CAUGUCUCAACAACAACCACAACAACCACCACCACCAACCCAAAAUGCCAUUGUUCUUCCUAUAAAAGACCAUUUCAAAACUAACUCUCACACACAACCAAAUAGUGCGAACCCCCAAAAUCAACACACAAAUAAACUCUCCCAUCGCAACAACAACUGCGCGUUCCUUUGCCUGCAACUGCAAAUAUCUCACCAUCCGAUGCGUUUUGAUUCCUACACUUUUCUGGUUUUUCAGUGAAGUACAGCUCGAAUAAAAUAACUGAAACUAAAAUAAAAUCGAAGAUUGUUUUUUUAAGUUCUUAAGAGAAAAUCAAUGGAGGCUAAAAUUGCAAAUGGUUUGCUGGUUUCUCCGCGGAUCGAUUCGGAGAAAAUCGCAAGGAGAAUCGGAACCGGCGGUUCCGUACAGUUUUCUCGGCGAUUCAGAGAGCAAGAUAGGCUUCAAGUGCUAGCCUCUGCUCAGCUUCAACCUAAAACAAGGAAUUCGAAUCGGCACAAAACGGUGUCGUUGGAGGUUUCCUGUUCUUACAAGAACUUUCCAGCUUCACUUUUGGAAUCUGGAGGUUUUCAAGCUCCUCUUGAUGAAGCUAGGAUUUUGAAGAAUAAGUCACAAGAGAUCGGACGAUAUUUAAGUGGACGCUGUAUAUAUCUUGUUGGCAUGAUGGGCUCUGGAAAAACAACAGUGGGCAAAGUUUUGUCACAAGUACUUGGUUAUUCCUUUUUUGAUAGUGACACAUUGGUGGAGCAGGAUGCUGAGGGAACUUCUGUAGCUGAAAUAUUCAAGCUCUAUGGAGAGGGCUUCUUCAGAGAUAAGGAGACUGAGGUACUGCGAAAGCUAUCUUUAAUGCAUCGACUAGUUGUUUCUACUGGUGGAGGUGCAGUUGUUCGGCCCAUUAACUGGAAAUACAUGCAGAAAGGGAUAAGUGUUUGGUUAGAUGUUCCUUUGGAAGAUUUGGCUCGUAGAAUUGCAGCUGUUGGAACUGGUUCUCGCCCCCUUUUGCAUCAUGAUUCAGGUGAUGCAUACACAAAGACUCUCACGCGGCUGUCUACUCUUAUGGAGGAGAGGAGUGACGCAUAUGCCAAUGCUAAUGCACGGGUUUCCUUGGAAGAUAUUGCAGCUAAACUAGGACAUAGAGAUGUGUCAAAUCUCACGCCCACUGCCAUAGCAAUUGAGGCGCUUGAACAAAUUGAGGGCUUUCUAAAGGAAGAAAAUGGCGAUUUUGGAUUGUAGUUCAACAAGCUUCUAUACACGUAUUAGCCUAUUAGGUACUUUAUGAUUUUCAUUAUGUUCGGGCAUGCAUGCCAUGUUUCUAAUUUUAGUAAUGGAACAUGGCGUGUGUUGUGUGUUGCUAUCUAUCUGGCAUUCAAAGAUAUCUGAAAUGAAUUAUUGUAAUUUGUAAGGUUUUCAUUGUAAUGUUUGAGAUGCCAUAGUUGUACAUAGUGGCUGAUCUCAUAUAAGGAAUUCAAUGUUAACCUUUUAUAUGGACGGUUUCUUAAAUGAUCAAUGAUGCUUUGUGUUUUAAAAUGCUAA